CGUCGCGUACAUGCGCUGUCUGUCUUCGCCGAAGCUCGACCAACUCGAGGAGGACGAACGCCUCGCCGCGAAGUUCACCGCGACCGCGAAGCACGCCGCGCCCGCGUCCGCGGCGGAGAGCAGCGCGAAGAAUACGAAGGGUGGAGGGACGAUGCAUCGUUUCGGCCCGCCCGAGGAGAACGGCGACCGCCGCGCGCGCUUCAACGCGUCCGACGGCCGCUACGCGCUCGCGAAGGAGUGGACCCCGCCGUCCGGUCCGGUCCCGUUCAACCCGGAGGGCUCGACGCGCGUCACGCUCGCGACCCUCCCGGGGGUGAAGCAGCACCGAUGCCUCCUCUUCAACGUCGGCGACGCGCUCGUCGUUCGAAACUACGACGCCGCGUCCACGUCCGAGCCGAUCCGAAUCCUGUGCUUCCCCGGGACGUUCGUGACGUGCCACGCGCACCGCCCCUGCCCCGCGUCCUCGCCGGACGCCAGGGACCUCCUCCUCGGCCUCGCGAACGGCGAGGUCCACUGCGUGAGCCUCCGAGGGCUGAUCCGAGAGGGCGGACGCGGCCCCUCGAGGACGCUUCCGUCGGGCUCGCUCAAGUUCAACUCCGACGGCGGCGGCGGAUGCGGCGGGAGCGCGGUGGCCAAGUCGGCGCACCUCGCGAACGCGCCGCGGUGCAACGACGUCGCGUGGAACCCGGGCAGCGCGGGCGGGUUCAUCUCCGUGCACGCGGACGGGAACGUCUACGCGUACUUGGACCCGGCGCUGGACGCGGGCGCGGAUCCGAGGUUUCCGCCUGUCAAGGGCGACGUGUCGAGCGUCUCGGUGACGCCCGGACGGACGGAAGGGAGCAACCCGUUCGCGCGGUGGCACCUCUCCGGCGCGCCUCUGACCGCCGCGGCGUUUUCUCCGCCGGAGCGCGCGGGCGGCGGCGGCGGCGGGGGUCAGAACGGCCCUCAACGGUGCGCCGUCGUCGGCCUCGACGGGCUCUGUCGCGUCUUGGACGUGAGAGACUGGGAGCGCCCGUCGCUCGUGGACGGGUUCAAAGGAUACUACGGAGGUCUCAACCACGUGUGCUGGGCGCAUCGCGGGAAGUACAUCCUCGCCGGCGGCGAGGCGGACAUGAUCGAGGUGUGGAACGUGAGAGAGCGCGCCGUGGUGGCGUGGGCGGAGGGUUUGAACUCGUACGCGUUGCGAUGCGCCGCGGACGAGAUCGCGAGCGCGGCGUUGACGCGAGGCGUCGGCGUCGGCGGCGGGCGGAGCGACGACGACGACGACGCGGACGCGGGCGACGACGGCGACGCGACCAUCGGCGACAUGGACCUCGGCGACGGCGCUUCUGAACGCGCGCGCGGCGCCAGCGCCGGCGCCGGCGCCGGCGGCGGCGACUUGCUGCACGAGAUUGAGCCCGUGGAGACGUUGCGAUUCGGCGCCGUCGGCGCGGACUGCGCGCUGUGCCUGUGGGACCUCCCCGUGGACGGCGACGACGACGGCGGUGACGACGACGACGACCGCGCGGGGGUGCCGUUCUCCGGGGACGAGAUGGAACUCUCCCAGCGACCCGCCGCGCCCUACGCCUUCGGCGGCGACGCGAAGCCGCCGCUCCCGGUGCCGCUGCCGCGUCUGCCGCCGUCGUCCGGGGACGACAAGCCGCCGUCACGGCCUCCGUCGCGCUCGCCGUCGAGGGCGGGGGCUCCUCUCCGACCGGAUUCGCCGUCGUCCGUGAUGAGCCACGACGUCGCCGCCGGCGCGGCGGACGGCGCCGGCGCCGGCGCCGGCGCGGCGGACGCGAACGAGAGCGACGACGACUUCGUCGUCGCGACCCUCGCCGCCGCCGACGACGACGACCCGCGGCUGCCGUCCAUCUUCGCGUACGUCGGCGUCGGGCAGGUCAUCGCGCCGUCGGCGUGCCGCGGCGACGUCCACAACCGCCUCUCGCCCGUCGUGUCGCGGAAGCUCCACGACGAGCCGACGACGGAGGUGCUCUUCAACGCGGACGGCGUAGUCACCGCGUGCGCGGGGGGGAUCGUGAAACUGUGGGCGCGGCCGGGGGGGAUGGAUCAGGAGUGA